AUGAAGCCUUUCAGACCCCCAACGAUGGUCAACUCUCAAACCUACUGGCAUCCAAGCGGAGAGCCUCCGACGAAAAAACGACGCCUCAGCAGCAACACCUCCACAAACGACCAUAUGGAAGCCGUGAGUGCAGCUGCACACUUGCUGAAAAGGCCGAAACCGGGCAAAAAUUUCCAGCCACCGGCGCAGCGACGGCCGCUUAAUGUGGUUCCAAAUCUGCCCGCUUCUUCGCAAAGCAACAGUUCCGACAUUGGUCUGGAGGGCUAUUUCACGGUGCUCUGGCGCAAAUUUACAACGAAGAAACACAAGACCUGGGACGGUGACGGCGUGCUGUCGGUUUCAGGUGGCUACGCCACUCUCCAGGACAUCUCUGGCAGAGAGCUUGGCAGGGCGAUCUGUAAGGGCCCGCUUCUUGUAGGCACAGAGCUGUCUGUUGGAGGCAAAGAUGUUGAGGUGGAGUCCAUGAUAACCAAAGAAGACCUUCUUGCGGGUAGACCGUUUCUGGGCAACGUGAAGCAGCAGCCGCCUCCACCGUCCGUGAAGGAGCUAGAUGAGGUCAGCCGUGUCACUAACAAAGCUCAAGGUCGCCACGACAAGAUCGUCGAGACUCAGAGGGAUCCUGUGCAGCGUGUGGCCGUAACGUCGAAAGCCACGAGCCAGAAGUACAAGCCGCCGCUCCUGAACGAUACCGUGCAACAGCCCAAGCGGGACGCCAUCAUGCCGAUUCCGCGUCACAACCCCCAUGCUGAAGGUGCGCUUGUGAUGAGACGACUUAAAAGCGUACCAAAAGGCAAGCAAAUUGUGGACGUGGUUGUUGAUCCGAUCUUGACGAAGUCCUUGCGCGAACAUCAGCGCGCGGGUGUUGCAUUUCUGUACGAAUGCGUCAUGGGCAUGAAACAAUACGACGGCGAGGGAGCCAUUCUGGCGGACGAAAUGGGGCUCGGCAAGACAUUGCAGACAAUCGCGCUCGUCUGGACGCUUCUCAAACAGAAUCCCGUUUACCAAGACGCUCCAGUGAUCAAGAAAGCGUUGAUCGUAUGUCCAGUCACCCUGAUCAACAAUUGGCGCAAGGAGUUUACGAAGUGGCUCGGCAAGGAGCGCGUAGGCGUAUUCGUCGCGGAGAGCAAGAAGACGCGGCUAACAGACUUCACCAUGGGCAGGAGCUAUAGCGUUAUGAUUAUUGGCUAUGAGAAGCUUCGAAUGGUGCAAGAGGAUUUGCAGAAGGGAAGCGGCAUUGACAUCGUCAUUGCCGACGAGGGUCACCGCCUGAAGACUGCGCAGAACAAGUCUGCCUUAGCAAUUCGCUCACUGAAGACGGAUCGGCGGAUCAUACUUAGUGGCACGCCGAUCCAGAAUGACUUGGCAGAGUUCUUCACCAUGGUCGAUUUCGUCAAUCCCGGCUUGUUGAACAAGUAUUCGGUCUUUAAACGGGAGUUCGAGAAUCCCAUACUCAAGAGUCGACAGCCUGGCGCUUCUGCGAAGGACGUGGAGAAGGGCGAAGCGCGUAGCGAAGAGCUAGCGAAGCUCACCGGCAUGUUCAUCUUGCGGCGAACAGCAGAAAUACUGUCGAAGUAUUUGCCGCCCAAGACGGAGUACGUGGUUUUUUGCAGACCCACCGAAGCACAAGCGUUGGUGUAUCGAGCGAUCAUCGGAUCACCAACUUUCAACGCGGCACUGGGCUCGUCUGCUGUCACACUUGAACUUAUCAAUAUCCUCAAGAAGGUCUGUAACAGCCCGACCUUAUUGCUGAGGAAAGGCGACAAAGGGGACGAUGCGACUAAGCCCGAGCUUCUCGGAUGCGUGCCUUCGGGUCUGCUCAGGACGCCUGGCGCGAGCGGGAAAUUGCAGGUGCUCGAUUCACUGCUUCAUCGCAUCCGGACCACAACAGAAGAGAAGGUAGUGCUUGUCAGCAACUACACGGCGACUAUGGAUAUCCUGGGGAAUCUGCUGAGUUCGCUCUCGUACAGAUAUCUUCGGCUGGAUGGCUCAACACCUGCAGGCAAACGGCAGGAGUUGGUCGAUCGUUUCAACAGGUCGCCGCCAAGUAACUCAUUUGUCUUUCUGUUGUCCGCUAAAGCUGGUGGUGUCGGCCUCAAUCUGAUCGGCGCAUCCAGGCUGAUACUUUUCGAUCUAGACUGGAACCCUGCGACAGACCUUCAAGCGAUGGCUCGAGUGCACAGAGAUGGUCAGAAGCGGCCGUGCUUCAUCUAUCGCUUGGUUACACAAGGUGCUCUCGACGAGAAGAUAUUUCAGCGGCAGGUCAGCAAGACGGGACUGGCUGACAGUAUAGUAGACGGCAAGAGCGGUGUCAGUGGCUUCACUCGUGAGGAGCUCCGCGACCUCUUCAGCCUAGAUGAAGAUCUGGACUGCCAAACGCACAAGCUACUUGGCUGCAGCUGUGGCGGGAAUGGCACGCUUGUGUCGCCUGAUCCUGAAAUCGCGCUUCCAGGUCGCAACGAUCUGGCAUCACUCAGUACUGCGGCCGGUGGAUUCAUCGAUCUUGAGGAAGCCCAGCAACCAGAAAUUAUCUGGAUGGACGCUGACUCUGACGACGAAAUCCUGUCACGGAAGGACAUUGUCAAAUGGCGGACUGGGAAUCAGGUCGACUGGCAGACACAGGAAGCGGACAUCAAACGGAAAGCUCGAGAGUGCCUUAACGCUGAUGGCAAGGCGAAAAUGCUUAGCCUCAUGCAAUAUGCCCACUUUGAUACUGCCAACUCUGCAGUGCCGAAACUCUCUGACCAAACCGAGAUGGUAUGGGGUGAUGACGAGCCAUGGGAGAACGAGCCGCAAGAGCUGAACAGUCUCGAGACUGCGAUCGAAGACGAUGCGCUGCGGACGGUAAUCCGUGAGGACGGUAAGAGAAUUGGCUUCGUCUUCACCAAAACGAGCACGUGACCAGUGAUGCUCUUGAACCGCGAGCGGCGAAUGUGGUCGGGACAAUGCGACAAGAAAGUGCCAGACCACACCGACACCACAUUUUCCGAAGUCCGAGUGUGCAUGUAGGCCAUCGUAUGUAUGUAUAUCUAAUCUAGCACAGCGAUUAGUCCAGCGAUAGCUGCAUCCCUCGCAAACAGGUUUCCCGUGGAGCUAUC